AAGUAAUGGCAGAAUGUCAUGGGCACACCUAACAACAGCCCUUGCAAUUUACAAACCCCACCGCGCAACCGAAUGAAUUCACUUCGAUGCGAACAGAAGCCACCGCUCUCCGCUCCCCACUCCUCUCAGUCCUCUGUCUACUCCACAAGGAGACACCACAGUUGGAGCAUACAUAAGCAGCCGAAUCCUCCACCUUGUUGUCCUAGAAUUUCUUUGCAUCCAUCUCAGCCUAGAUUUCCUCCAUGGAUUUUAGCAGCAGAAGAUGCAAGGUUCUUUCCCUGUGGCUAGCUCUCGUGCUUGUCCAGGCGAGCCUGUCUGCUUGCUCGCCAGCUCCGAAGACGUACAUCGUUCAGAUGGCCUCGGCUGAGAUGCCGAGCUCAUUCGAUUACCACCACGAAUGGUACGCCUCCACUGUGAAGUCCGUGAGCUCUGCGGGGCUGGAAACUGAAACGGAUGACCCUUACGCGAGGAUUGUUUACAACUACGAGACGGCCUUCCAUGGCUUCGCGGCUCGGCUCGACGAGGACGAAGCCGAGCGGAUGGCCGAAGCGGACGGUGUGGUGACCGUGCUCCCGGAGACUGUCUUGCACCUGCACACCACCAGGAGCCCUGACUUCCUGGGCAUUAGCCCGGAGGUCAGCAACAGCAUAUGGGCCGCCGGCCUCACAGACCACGACGUCGUCGUCGGCGUGCUCGACACCGGCAUAUGGCCCGAGAGCCCUAGCUUCAACGACAAGGGCCUCGGCCCCGUGCCGUCCAAGUGGAAAGGCCUGUGCCAGACCGGACGCGGCUUCACUGCGGCGAACUGCAACCGCAAGAUCAUCGGCGCGCGCAUCUUCUACAACGGUUACGAGACCUCGUCGGGCCCCAUCAACGAGACGAGCGAGUUCAAGUCCCCGCGGGACCAGGACGGGCACGGCACGCACACCGCGGCCACCGCCGCGGGCGCGCCCGUGCAGGACGCCAACCUGUUCGGCUACGCCACCGGCGUCGCGCGUGGCAUGGCGCCACGCGCCCGCGUCGCGGCGUACAAGGUGUGCUGGGCGGGCGGCUGCUUCAGCUCUGACAUCCUGGCGGCAGUCGAUCGCGCCGUGUCGGACGGCGUCGACGUGCUCUCCAUCUCCCUCGGCGGUGGCGCCUCCUCCUACUACCGCGACAGCUUGUCCAUCGCGUCAUUCGGUGCCAUGCAGAUGGGCGUGUUCGUCGCUUGCUCAGCCGGCAACGCCGGCCCAGACCCGAUAAGCCUCACCAACCUGUCGCCGUGGAUAACCACGGUGGGCGCCAGCACCAUGGACCGAGACUUCCCGGCCAUGGUGACGCUGGGCAAUCGAGUAAACAUCACCGGCGUCUCACUCUACAAAGGCCGGCGAAAUCUUUCAUCCCAAGAGCAGUACCCGUUGGUCUACAUGGGGGGAAACUCGAGCAUCCCGGACCCCAGGUCUCUGUGCCUCGAGGGAACACUGCAGCCCCGAGAAGUUGCUGGAAAGAUAGUGAUCUGCGACCGCGGCAUCAGUCCUCGGGUGCAGAAGGGUCAGGUUGUCAAGAAUGCCGGCGGCGUCGGUAUGAUACUAGCCAACACUCCAGCAAACGGCGAGGAGCUCGUCGCCGACAGCCACCUCCUGCCGGCGGUCGCCGUCGGGGAGUCCGAAGGCGUUGCGGCGAAGAAGUACAGCAAGACCGCUCAGAAACCAACCGCGACGCUCAGCUUCGCUGGAACCCAGCUUGGGAUCCGGCCAUCGCCGGUGGUCGCCGCGUUCUCGUCCCGAGGACCAAACUUCCUCACCCUGGAGAUCCUCAAGCCGGAUGUGGUUGCCCCCGGCGUGAAUAUCUUGGCCGCAUGGAGCGGCGAUGCCAGCCCGUCGAGCUUGUCCAGCGACCAACGCCGCGUCGGGUUCAACAUCCUGUCGGGGACGUCCAUGUCGUGCCCGCACGUCGCCGGCGUGGCCGCGUUGAUCAAGGCCAGCCACCCGGACUGGAGCCCCGCGCAGAUCAAGUCCGCGCUGAUGACCACGGCGUACGUCCACGACAACACGUACCAGCCGCUGAAGGAUGCGGCCACCGGCAAAGCGUCCACGCCGUUCGAGCACGGAGCUGGGCACAUACACCCCCUUCGAGCUCUCAACCCCGGCCUGGUCUACGACAUCGGCCAGGGCGACUACCUGGAGUUCCUCUGCACGCAGAACCUGACGCCGAUGCAGCUCAGGGCCUUUACCAAGAACUCGAACAUGACAUGCAAGCACGCCUUCGGUUCGGCGGGCGACUUGAACUAUCCGGCCAUCUCCGCCGUCUUCGCAGAGCAGCCUUCUUCGGCGCUGGCGGUGCACCGCACUGUGACGAACGUUGGCCCUCCGUCUUCAACAUACCAUGUCAAGGUCACAGAGUUCAAAGGCGCAGACAUUGUCGUUGAACCGAGCACCCUGCACUUCACAAGCUCAAACCAGAAGCUAAACUACAAGGUCACAAUGAGAACCAAGGCUGCCCAGAAGACACCGGAGUUCGGGGCACUUUCCUGGAGCGACGGCGUCCACAUCGUCCGGAGCCCCGUCGUCCUCACAUGGCUGCCACCAAUGUGAGCUUGUUUUUUCUGCUUUGCAUUAGUCAGGCGUUGGAGCAGAAACAUCUGCCUCAUGGGUAAUCAAGCAAGAGAUACCAGUUUAUGCACAGCAGCGGCAGCACGGGAGUUCCACUAACCGGCGCAAACAAAAUGAUGUCAAGCUCCUCAUCGAAACAAGCUUUAUUCCUCAAUGUAUCAUGCUUAUUUCCAAAUGCACCUUAGCUGGUUCAUUGUUUCUACAUUAAUGCGUGUACAACAACAUAUGGGAGCAAAUUGCAGUAGUAUGGAAAACUCGACGGUACUAAUAGGCUUAGCUUGAUUCCCAAAUGGUGACACCAUCACAGGUGCAGAGCUUCUUGUAGUUCUCCCCAACCCCGGCACUUCUUGCAAUCACGGCUGCUGCAAUGCCGGGGUCUGAUCUGUCCUCGGUUGCAUACAGAGCAACAGAGCGGCCAAUCAAGUCGACAACUUUCAUUUUCUC